CCCCCUUUCUCACGCUUUCUCGCAAACGGGAACCCUAGCAGCCACUCUCUCUCUCCGAGCUCCAGCAGCCAGCCCAUCGCCGCCGUCACCAACGAACUCUUAUCCUCAGACCGAUUCUCUUCUCCUGGGUCCCUUCUCCUCGCGUCGCCAGGUCUGCUCGGAGCUGCUGUUGGCGUCGCUGCCUCUGUCCUCGUCGUCGUCGGCCACCUUGAAAUCGUGUCUCCAGAGAGAGAGAGAGAGAGAGAGAGAGAGAGAGAGAGGGUGUAUUCGAUCUCCCCUCUCUCUGUUCGAGCUCGCUUUCGUUCCUCCCUGGCCGUCACUUCUCUUCCUCCCUCGCGGCCGUUUGGUUCUCGCAAGUCGCAACCUUGUGCUUUACUAGGCCACAACCUAGAGAGAGAAAAUAUAUAUAUACUUCACCUCAGCUUCUUGAAAGACGGAAACCCUAAUUGUCUUAUGACUACGAGAAUGAAACACCUUGAAUGCGAAGAUAAUCUUCCAAGAGAUCUGAUUAGAGAAAUCUUGCUGAGGCUUCCAGUGAGGCUUCUCCUGCAACUGAAGAUUGUAUGCCGUUCAUGGAACUCCCUAAUCUCCAGCCCUGAAUUCGCCAACCACCAACUUCAACGCUCAACGCUAACUCAGCCGCCGCCAUUGCUGUGUUGGAAGGUACCGAAACGGGCGGGUGACGUCAUGCAUUGCUCUUCACAAUCUCUUAUUCUUGAUCGCCAGCAUCAGCCAACUACAUUCGGUUCACAUCCGGCUGAUGGAAAAGUCAUCUGGGGAUCUUGUAACGGAUUGCUCUGCUUGCUCCAAGGUUAUCCCUUUGACACUCUUACUCUUUUGAAUCCCAGUACCCGGUCGGUAUCCCCAUCCGUUCCAUUCGAGUGCUCCCACAAGUGCGGGAAGCUUGUUUUUUUUGGCUUUGGCUAUGAUAUUCUACAUGACCAGUACAAGUUUGUUAUGGGUUGUCGUGGCUCAUCUCUUAUAACUGAUUCCAAGGUGAGAUCUGGGGCUAUAGUUUUCAUUUUUGGUGCAAAUCCUUUUUGGAAAACUGUUGAUCAUCCGGUGUUUCCGUAUGAUAUUCAUGGCACAAGUAAUGGAAUAUUUGUGAGCGGCACCCUCAAUUGGAUUGUGUAUGAUCCUACUAUUAGUACAUCUUAUGAAUUUGAGUGGUUCCUUCUUACCUUCGACUUGAGAACGGAGUUGUUUGGUCGAUUGCGUCUGCCUGUUACUAGAUCGGGCUAUGACUUCUCCGAAAUGCCUCCCUUGCAACUCCACAAUAACUGUCUUUCUGUUUGUUAUCCCACUCCGCAUAUGCCAAUUAUUUGCACUCUCUGGAUAAUGAAGGAGCAUGGAGUUGAAACGUCUUGGACUAAAUUGCUGGCAAUCCCAUUCGAUGUUGGAAUCUCGCCAUAUGUUUCGGUAGCAUCCCUCUAUAUCUCACAAGAUCAUAAUCUUUUGGCACUAAAUCAAUCUGAUGGCAAUUUUUUUGUGUAUAAUUUACGUCAAAACCAAUUAGUUUCUCGUGUGCCUUACGAACAUUUUGGGGCAUGUUUAUUCCUUUGCCAGGAGAGCUUGGUCUCACCAUCACAUUAUUGUGGUCUUAAAACUAUUCAAGUUUGAUCAUCAAUAAAAUUUUAUUAUUUUUAAUAAAUACUUAGUUUUAAUCA